UGUCCCUGUAGCAUGCUGUUUUUAAGUCCUUUGGGUAUAAGCCUAGGAGUGGGACAGCUGCCACCGACCCCAUUUUCAAAGUCAUGACUGACUGGCACCAGAGCAGGGUGCAGAAGGUCCGGGAUUAGCUUCUUCAGAGAGCAGCCCUGGAGUUCAGCAUGAAAAGCCACCUCUUCCCUGCAGAGGAAGGACCACAGAAGAGCGGGAGAAGGGAAACGAAACCCAAUAGAGAAACUCCAGGGAGCAGAGCAUGGAGGGAGACUUCCAAGUGUGCGGGAACUGCAGAAGAAGUGUGGCCUCUGCCCACUUCACCCUCCACGAGGCCCACUGCCUGCGGUUCCUGGUCCUUUGCCCAGAGUGUGAGGAGCCCAUCCCACAGUCGAAGAUGAAGGAGCAUUUUGAAAAUGAGCACCAGCAGACCGAGGAACGCCAGCAAGACUCCAUCCAGUGCAAGUUCUGUGAGCUGACGGGGUCCCUGAAGGAGCUGCAGAUCCACGAGUCCCGCUGUGACAAGCAGACAGAGUGCUGCCUACACUGCGGCCAGUUCAUCAGGCUUCAAGUGCUAGCCCGGCACCAAGAAGUCUGUCCGGGUAGACAGGCUCAGCUUAGAAAAGGGAAGAGAAUUUCAGCUCCUGAAAGGAAGAUCCCCCGUGAUUAUUACAACCAAAAGUAUUCAGAAAAUGAGUCCAUCCUCCAUAGGGGUAAGUGUUGUUCAGUCUCAGAGUCUGGGAAACAUCAUCCAUCUGGAAAGCCAAAAAUUCUUCCUCUGCCCCUUCCAAGUGAGACUGCUGGAAAUCAGACGUCCACCGCUGAGAGAGAUGUUCGUCCAAAGACAAGAUAUAGAAACAAAUUUCCUCGUUUUCCUGAAAAUUCAACACAGAAAGCACAGAGAAACAAAAACAGAACCAUGAACCUGCCUUUGAAGGCUGAGCACAAGCCAAGGACUGCCUUUCCUACAGAAGAUGAGGCAGCCUAUGACAUUUUGAGGAGGUGUUCUCAGUGUGGUAUCCUACUUCCCCUUCCCACCUUAUGUCAACAUCAGGAGAAAUGCCUGCGGUUAGCUUCAUGGAAAGGAAAACAAGUGAGAAAGUCCAGCUAGAUUUGGAAAAGAGACAUAGGUUUACCCAAGGGAUACAAAUGACCAGGAAGAAAAAGGAUUCCAGUUCUUCUGGCUGAGCAUUCUGAUUAGUCAUCUAUACCCAACAGCUGGGGUGUCUGAGAGACCUCAGCUUUGCCCUGAAGAAUUAAAAUGUCCUUCCUGGAA